AUGCGACGCCAGCUCCUGCUUCGCGAGUGCGCGACAGCGCUUCUCGCGCCUGCGACGACGGCUUCACAGCGUCUAGGCGACGCGUCGUGCGACGUCGCACCGUCGCUACCUAAUCUCUCGUCGCACUCGACAGUUGAGUCGUCCGCGGCAGCAGGGUGCUUUGUACGACCCGCUGACAUUGCACAUGCUUCCGCGCACACACCGAUCCUCACAGCAGCGUCUCAGGGUGAGGAAUUCCAUCCUCGUUUGAAGCGUCCUCGUUGCGAAGAAUUCGCGCAUUCAGCAUGCGGCCGCACUCACGGAGAUGUGUACCAGUUGCAGCAAACCGGGCUCUGUCAGCAAUCGUCAGCGCAGCAAUCAUACCCAGUGCUUGCGCGCGGGUUUGCCAACGACGCGCUUUUUGCGCUGAUCCAGCAGGCGGUUGCAGGUCAAGUGCGCUCGGUCGUCUCGGCUGCGUUAGAAGAAGCCGCGGGGAGCAAGCGCCGAGUGGCGGAGCUGGAGCAACAAGUAUCCUCGUUACAAGCGAAUCUCGCGUCAGCACACAGCCUACUUGCCGCGUCCCAGCGUACCGUUUCUUCUCUUCAGCGUUCCCUUGAAAACUCCCAGCAGCAGCUUCAGCAGGAGCGAUUCCGGGAAGGUUCGGGAGACAGUGACGACGUGGUAGUGGGGGGGAGUGGGGGACAAAAGGAGGGUCCUGCGGAGGAUGCAGUUUCUCAUUGCGACGCUGCUCCUAUUUGCGCAAAGGGUUCAAAUUUUGGUGUUUUUCCUGCAAGCAGGUUUUCAUCUGCCCCUGCAGUUCCGGACCAGAAGUUCAAUCUGUCAGAGCGUGCUCCGAAUGACACCCGAUUGAAGCACGUCUGCCGAGCCUGCAAGUUUGGCGAAGCCUCCGUGGUGCUUCUUCCCUGCAGGCACUUGGCUUUGUGCCGAGCCUGUGAGCCACGCACGGCGGCGUGCCCUGCCUGUGGCGUGUGUAAGCACGCCAGUGUGCACAUAUCCCUUGACAACUGA